AAGAUAUAGUACAUUAUCACGGUUACAGAGUAAUUUUAUUCCUACAUGUUAAAUAUUUACUUUCCGUUAUCGUCGAUAGACGGACGACAAAAGCUUUUUUUCAAAUCGUGAUUAUCCAAGUCUUUUAGCGUAUUAAUUUUUUGUAAAUUAUAAUACAACCAGAUAAUCCGAUUACAGUGCGUCAGGAUGGUGUACUUGCACUUUCCGACGAAUCUGACCGAAGAAGAACUCAUGCUGCAAAAUAAGUAUCAAAAAUUGAGAAAAAAGAAAAAAGCAUUGCAAGUGCAAAAAACACCUCGUCCUGAACCUGAGCCUUCACCUGUACUCAAUCCUAAAAGACCUAAAGAAACGGCCCGUGAUGCCAGAGAAAUAGCAAAAAAACUAUUGAAGUCUGGUGCUAUAGGACCGAUAAAAAAAGUACCCAAUCGUACAGACCAGGAAUCAUUUAAGAGGCCUUGUGGAAUGGAACGUAAAUUGUUGACUACUACUCAGGCUUUGAGCAGCUAUCAACCGUUUUCAGCAGCUUCUCCAGUCAAGGCUGAAGUCAUUCCCGAUAGUACUCCAAAAGCAACUCCUACCACUAAAUUCUCUAAUUUGUAUAGUAGUUUUGUUUCUUCUACUUCUAAAACCACUCCACCAGCUCCAAGUUCACCAGAACCAUCAGUUCCUGAAACACCUACUCGUAAAGAUAUCACUAUAUUUGUUGGAGGAAGUAGUUCAAUGACUGAAGAAUUUUUAAGAUCUACAUUUAGUAAAUUUGGUACAAUAAUUAACAUAUCAAUGGAAAUAGAAAAAAAUCGAGGGUUCAUCACUUUCAACUCCCCAGAUACUGCUGAAAAAGCAGUAACUCAAAUGAAUACUACUACAGUAUCUGGUAUUAAAUUAAAAGUUUCAAUUUCUCGCAAUCAGCCUAUUGAAUUUGGCGAUAAAGGAAUUAAUUCAUGGAAUGCCAUUGCUACUAAUAAAUCUCAAAAAGGAAAUCAACGAGAUGAUCGUUCGCUGGUGACAUAUGAUGAUUUAAUUUAAACAAUUGUUUUUAUUUAUUUUAGAUUUUAAUUAUAUAAUAGAGAUUUUUUUUCAUGACUGAGUGAUAAAAAUGAUAUAUUCAUGUAAUUUAUUAUAUUGAUGUAAUUUUUAUAAACUAUUUAUUAAAAAGAAAGUAUUGCUGA